AUGUCGAACCGAGUGAAACCAGUUGAUAUCUCUUUGAGCCCCCGAGUCAACUCUGUGAAGCCUUCAAUUGUGACGUCUAUAGCUGCUCAUACAAUUGGUCUUGAACAAGCUGGUUUGCCUGUUAUUCGAUUGAUUAAGGGAGAGCCCGAUUUCAAUACACCGAUCAUGGUAGCCGAGGCCGGGAUAAAUGCCAUUCGUGAAGAUCACACCAGGUACACUCUCAGUGGAGGUACUUUGCAACUUCGUACAGCGAUUUGUAAUAAGCUGAAAGAGGAGAAUGGGAUCUGUUAUACACAUGAUGAGAUUGUGGUCAGCAAUGGUGCUAAGCAGUGUAUUCUUCAAGCACUUCUUGCAGUUUGUUCUCCUGGUGAUGAGGUGUUAAUUCCUUGUCCAUAUUGGUGGAGUUACCUAGACAUGGCGAAGCUGGCCGAUGCAAGACCUGUUAUUCUUCCAACACUGUCUGCUGAAAAUUUCCUGUUGGAUCCGGAGCUCCUCGACUCUAAAAUUACUGAAAACUCGAGGCUGUUGAUUCUAUGCACUCCAUCAAACCCAACUGGAUCCGUUUAUCCUAAACCACUGCUCGAAAGAAUUGCCGAAAUCGUAGCAAAGCAUCCCAAGCUGCUGGUGCUAUCCGAUGAAAUUUACGAGCAUAUAAUAUAUUCACCAGCAACUCACACGAGCUUCGCAUCAUUGCCAGGCAUGUGGGAUCGGACUCUAACCGUCAACGGCUUUUCCAAGACUUUUGCAAUGACCGGUUGGCGGCUCGGAUACAUUGCGGGACCUAAGCACUUUGUUGAAGCAAUUAAUAAACUCCAGAGUCACAUCACUUCAGGUGCUAGCAGUAUUGCUCAAAAAGCAGGGGUUGCUGCACUAGGCUUGGGCUAUGCCGGUGGGGAAGUGGUUUCUGUCAUGGUGAAAGCAUUUCGGGAACGGCGAGAUUUCUUGGUUAAAAGCUUCAAUGAACUGCAAGGCAUUACGGUAUCGGAACCGCAGGGAGCUUUCUAUCUAUUCAUCGAUUUCAGUUCUUACUAUGGAAUUGAAGCCGAAGAUUUUGGUAAAAUUGAGAAUUCGGAGUCGCUUUGUCGAUACAUCCUGGAGAAGGCUCAGGUUGCACUAGUCCCCGGAAUUGCAUUCGGUGACGAUAGCUGCAUACGGAUAUCGUAUGCAGCAUCACUCACCACUUUACAAGCUGCUUUUGAGAGAAUUAAGAAAGCACUCAUCUCCCUCAGGCCUGCUGUUCCUGUAUAA